CUACAGAAAUGUCAUGCAGUUGCUACAUCAUUGCUAGUAGAUACUUGAAACUGAACCAUGUGCUUCGUAAAAUGCUUCUUCCACUCCUCGGGCAUUGCGUUAUGUGGAAAGUUGUUUUAUUUGAUGCUCAUUUUGCUUGCAGGGAGCCUUGCCUCCAGGGAAAAGAAGUGGAACAACCGUGCGGCAGCACAUGGUUCCGCUUCAACCCAAGACAGUGAGAGCGAGGACAGGGAUGACCAGGCCAAGGUCAUAUUAGAACUGCAGGCCACUGUAGAGCGGCUGGAAACUGAGCUGCGGCAAACAAAAGCACAGCUUCAGCAAGCUCAGGACUGCCUUGAUUCCUCAAGGAUGGUGCAAACAUUGAAGCACAUUCUUGACCAGACAAUUGGUGCCAGUGGUGCCAUUGGUGGCAGUAGUGUUGAGCCUGGCACAGUCGUGUCAGCACCAAAAGUGGACCUCGGGGAAGGCAUUCUACUGGAUGAGUCUACCCUGACAAGAUUGCGGCGAGAUGCCAAGAACUCGGGGUCAAGAUUUGCCCGGGGUCUGCUCAAAGUUCUCUUCAGCUCGGAAGAGUUGGAGAACAAGUCUCUUUUUGGGCGGCGUUCAAACGCCCACAAGGGUGCCGCCCAAAAAGAGGCCUUGGAUCCGAGACAAGUGAAUGCCAUCCUGAGCUACACAGCAAGGCAUUUUGAUGCCACAGCAGGCGAAAUAAAAAACACGUUGUCAUCCAUGCUUGCGCGUGGAUAUUGAAAUAUUUUUAAUAAAUGCUAGUUUUCAAAAA